CAACCCAUCUCAGUCUCUGCGUGUGUGUUUGACCCCAACAAAUCCCAAAACCAGAUGGAUGGAAGAAGAGCAAGAGGACACAGCAGGCCGGCCAAACUUUAUUGCUGCUUGUCCUACUGCCACACGCACCUCCUCCUCCUCCCUCCCCCGCUUCCGCGUCGCCGCCACCAAAUUCCAACCGCAAUCCCGCCGCAAUCUGCUCCCGCGCGCGAAAUCGGCUCACGCAUCCUCAAUUUUUCAGCUCAGGGGUCGCUGAAUUGCAUCGAGCUCGCCAUACCUGGCUGCUGAGUUCCGUUCGACUGCCCCGCCUCGAAUCGACGAAUCCCCUCUCAAGAGGUUGCAGGAGGGCGAGCUGCAGAAAGCUUCCAGAGCUUCCUCCAUCGUUUCGGCCUCUGAAUCCCCGGAGGACAGGGCUUCUUGAAAUUUCAAGUCUUUGGCCGCUCGGAGCUGCUCCGGGCUCCUCAAGAUCGAGGCAAUCGGAGAGUCGGCAGCAUUCCCCUUAGGGUUUCCGAGCUGUGUGAUGGUCGGAAAUGGCGCUUAAGGCCUCGGCUCAGGGCGCCGCGGAGGCGGCCAUAGCGGCCAUCGGCCGUGGCUACGAUGUCGUCUCGGACGUCCGCCUCAAGUACUGCAAGGGCAAGCUCGCGGACCCGGACGCGCGCCUCAUUGACCUCAGCCGCGAUGAGGUCCAGGACGUCGUGCUCCCCGGCGGGAUCAAGGUCGACGCCGUCCCCAAGUCCAUCAAGUGCGACAAGGGCGAGCGGACGCGCUUCCGCUCCGAUGUCCUCUCCUUUCAGCAGAUGUCUGAGCUGUUCAACCGGGAGCUUUCGUUGACUGGGAAAAUUCCAUGUGGCAUGUUCAAUAGCAUGUUUGAUUUUUCUGGCUGCUGGCAGAAAGAUGCAGCUGCCACCAAGUCGCUUGCUUUUGAUGGCUGGUACAUUUCGCUAUAUAAGGUUGCACUAUCCAAGUCUCGUAUUCUACUGCGUGAUCAUGUUACUCAAGCAGUGCCUUCAACCUGGGAUCCUGCUGCUCUGGCAAGGUUCAUUGAAAAGUUUGGAACCCACUUAGUUGUUGGUAUAAAAAUGGGAGGGAAAGAUGUUAUUUAUUUGAAACAACAGCAUUCGUCAAGCCUGCAACCAGCUGUUGUUCAGAAACGACUCAAGGACAUGUCAGACAGGAGAUUUCUGGAUGCAAAUGGACACUAUGAUAUGAGUAUCAAGGAUGCAUAUGGGAAGGAUAAGAGUGAUGCAAGAGAGCAGCGGCUAAGAUUUGUGCAAUCAAGCCCAUCAAGUUCUUACUGCUCGAAGGAGGACUUGGUGAUGGUGGUUAAGCGGAGAGGUGGAAGGGAAUGGGACAAAGAGAUGCCUCACAGUGAAUGGAUAAACACUGUUCAAUUAGAACCUGAUGUCAUCUCGAUGACCUUUCUACCUAUUACUUCAUUAUUGAAUGGAGUACCUGGCUGUGGGUUUCUGAAUCAUGCAAUUAAUCUGUACCUACGCUAUAAGCCUCCAAUUGAAGAACUUCACCAAUUUUUGGAGUUCCAGCUACCAAGGCAGUGGGCACCUGUGUACAGUGACCUCCCCCUUGGCCCUCAGAGGAAGAGACAGAGUAGUGCAUCUUUGUCCUUAAGUUUCAUGGGACCAAGGCUAUAUGUCUGCACGAAUAUGGUUGAUGUGGGUGAAAGACCUGUUACUGGACUGCGGUUGUAUCUUGAAGGAAAGAAAAGCAACAUGUUGGCUAUCCAUCUUCAGCAUCUAUGCUCCCUUCCUCAGAUUCUGCAGCUUCAGGAUGACCCAUACAACCACCGAACACCAGAACCAUAUGACAGCAAGUACUUAGAACCAUUUGGAUCCUGGAAGCGGUUCUCUCAUGUCUACACGGAACCAGUGGAGUCUGAUGACGACUCCUCAAUCGUGACUGGGGCACAGUUACAGGUCAGCAGCCAUGGGUUGAGGAAAAUCCUCUUCCUCCGCCUCCAUUUCUCCAAAGUUAUCAAUGCUGCAUCGGUCAAGAAUCCCGAAUGGGAAGGAUCGCCGAAUCUGGGCCAGAAGUCCGGACUCAUCUCGACUCUCAUUAGCACUCAUUUCUCGACAGCGGCUCAGAAGCCUGCCCCUCGCCCAGCUGAUGUGAUCAUCAACUCGGCUGUGUACCCUGGCGGUCCACCUGUGCCUGUGCAGGCACCAAAGCUCCUCAAGUUUGUGGACACAGCAGAGAUGUUGCGGGGACCACAGGACACACCGGGAUACUGGGUGGUCUCUGGUGCAAAACUGCAGCUUGAGAGGGGCAAGCUGUCGCUGCGGGUGAAGUACUCGCUCUUGACAGCCAUGGUACCUGAUGAUGAGUAUCCACUUGAUGAACAUAGUUGAAACUCAUUAUUUGGAUGGGCUAGUGUGCAUUUAAUCGUAUGGUGCAUGGCAAGUAAAGGUUUUCAAUGUGCUUAGGAAGGCUUUCCAACAUGUACAUCGCCUGUCGUUCAAUUCUGCCUAUUUCUGAGCAGAGUGUGCUGUCUGUAGUUCAAUGUUUUCGCAGAGGGUGAAGUGUACAACAUUCUUUGUAUAUACAUGAUGUUUCUACCUCCAACGAGGGGAAGAUGGCACCUGCUAUUCUGCUCCCAUCUUUUCUGAACAUUGUCUUACCAGAUCUGGCAUUCUUUUGA